AUGGAUGUGAUCUUUGGUAGAAAUAAAGAGGAGCACCCAGAGCCCAUAAAAGCAGAGGUGAACGGUGAGCUACCAAGCUGGCUGCAGGGGAUUCUUCUUCGCAAUGGCCCAGGCAUGCAUACAGUGGGGGAAACCCAAUAUAACCACUGGUUUGAUGGCUUGGCUCUGGUGCACAGUUUUACAUUUAAAAAUGGCGAAGUUUACUACAGAAGUAAAUACCUCCGCAGUGACACAUAUAAUUGCAAUAUAGAAGCAAACAGAAUUGUGGUGUCAGAGUUUGGAACUAUGGCUUAUCCAGAUCCAUGCAAAAACCUAUUUGCCAAGGCAUUCUGCUACUUGUCCCACACCAUUCCUGAGUUCACAGACAACUGCCUGAUCAAUAUUAUGAAAACUGGUGAGGAUUAUUAUGCUACAGGCGAGACUAACUUCAUUAGGAAAAUUAAUCCUCACACUCUGGAGACAUUAGAGAAGGUUGACUACAAUAAAUAUGUAGCAGUGAACCUGGCGACUUCUCAUCCCCAUUAUGACAGCGCUGGAAAUGUUCUCAAUAUGGGCACCUCUAUAGUUGACAAGGGGAAGACAAAAUAUGUUAUUUUUAAGAUUCCUUCCUCAGUGCCAGAGAAAGAAAAGAAGAAAUCCUAUCUCAAACACCUGGAAGUACUGUGCUCUAUCCCUUCCCAGUCUCUCCUUCACCCAAGCUACUAUCACAGUUUUGGAGUUACAGAAAAUUAUAUCAUCUUCAUAGAGCAGCCAUUCAAACUGGACAUUCUCAAGUUGGCAACUGCCUAUUUCAGAGGUGUCAACUGGGCGUCCUGCCUUUCUUUCCAUAAAGAAGAUAAGACUUGGAUUCACCUCAUAGACAAAAAGACCAAAAAGGAUAUAUCCACCAAGAUUUAUACAGAUGCCAUGGUCCUUUUUCACCAUGUGAAUGCUUAUGAGGAGGACGGCCAUGUUGUUGUUGAUGUAAUUUCCUAUUCAGACAAUAGCCUAUAUCAAAUGUUCUAUUUAAAAAACCUGAAUGAAGACUUGGAGGAAAACACCAAACUCACUUCCAUACCAGCCUGCAAGCGAUUUGUGGUUCCUCUGUGGUUUGACAAGGAUGCAGAAGUAGGUACUAAUUUAGUCAAACUUCCGUCAACUACAGCAACUGCUCUGAAAGAAAAAGAUGGAAGCAUCUACUGUCAGCCUGAAAUGUUAUGUGAAGGAAUAGAGCUGCCUCGGAUCAACUAUGAUUAUAAUGGCAAAAAAUACAGAUAUAUCUAUGCAACAGAAGUUCGGUGGAGUCCAGUUCCCACAAAGAUUGUAAAAAUUGAUGUUCUGACAAAGAAAAAGCUCAUCUGGGAGGAGGAGCACUGCUGGCCAGCCGAACCUGUCUUUGUUCCCAGUCCUGAUUUAAAAGAAGAGGAUGAUGGUCUUAUUUUAUCCUCCAUUGUGACAUCAGAUCCCAGGAAAGCACCUUUCCUGCUCAUCUUGGAUGCUAAAACAUUCACAGAGAUGGCACGGGCCACAGUUAAUGUAGACUUGCAUCUGGACCUGCAUGGAAUCUUCAUACCAGAGAAGGAUUUGAAUGCAGAGCAUGAAUAGAAGGCUCUUCAUCUUACUAUGUGAACAUUAAAAUGUGACAACCCACCUACUGGCCCUAAAGAAAACUCCUUUUGUCAUUUGCAAACCACCUUAUGUCAUGGCAAAGAAUAACCAAAUACUACAUCUAUAAAGUUAUUUUUCAUUACAAAUAAUAGUGAUAUGCACAACAGGCAAGUAACUAUUGCAAAAAAACAUUUAACAGAAUGCAAAAAAAAGCUAAAUUCUGAACACUCUUUUCUCUUAUACCUUACAAGUUGUAUACACUAGUGGCAGUGAGCUGUGUUUUAUUCCAUAUGUCACUGACUAUACUGAGAAAGGGGAGGUACUGUAUUUACAAUAUAGCAUACAGCAUGAGUCAGGCUCGGCCAGUUUGUAUAACUUUCAUGGAUUGUUUCAAGACAGCAUAUGAUCAAAAUUCUCUCUCUUGCCUGUCAGAAAUCCUGAUAUUUUUAAGUAUGAGCUACGGCAGUAAUGAUUCAUAGAAAUCUGUUUCUUUGGUGCUUGAUUUCUAAAGCUCCACUAAAACCAAAGUGAAAUGUCUAAAGUGUUGCAGCUUUUUGAUCAGGAGCCUAGAAAACUUCUGCAGUAUGAAUCAUUUUGUGGCAUUAAAAAAAGGGAGUGGGUGGUGUCCUUUGUGGAAGAAACUGAAGCUUAAAUAACAAUUUCAAAUGGAACAUAUGCUUUUAUUAACACAUAAUUAUAUUUUAAUGGUAUUUAAUCUUUUCCUUUGCACUGUAAUUGUUUUCCCUUAGGAAUAUCUGAUAUGGCAUUUAACUGCAUUGUCUCAAAGAUAAAUGGUGAUUUGUCUCUUUA